ACCCCCACCCCCAUACACACACACACGCACACACCCCCGCCUGCUGGAGUUGGUCACACACGGCCAGAGGGCCGCAGUAGUUGAGUCAGUCAAGGUAGUUCCACUGUCUAGGGAGAAUGUCAAAGGGAGAGCAGCAAGACCUGGUGGCUAUUAAAGAACUAGAGUCAAUCCUGGAGUCCUGCAAGCUUGAACUGACACCACUAGAUGAGGUCUGGCCUAAUCUCUACAUCGGAAACGUGGCCAUAGCUCAGAACAGGGGUGCAUUAAAGAAGCUUGGCAUCACACACAUCCUGAACGCAGCUCACUUUAAGCAGGGCAGCAUCGGUGACCAGGAUUACUAUGGAAACACCUGUGUGUAUUGUGGCUUCCCUACAGAAGACUCAUCCCAUUUUGACCUCAGCCAGUACUUUAAACCUGCAGCGGACUUCAUACACAAGGCCCUGAAGACUAAAGAUGGGAAGGUGUUGGUGCAUUGCAUCAUGGGUAUAAGUCGUUCCGCCACGCUGGUGCUGGCGUUCCUGAUGAUGCACUGUCGUCUGCCGCUUCGCACCGCGCUCAAACAUGUGACCCAGCGACGCGCCAUCUACCCCAACAGACAUUUCCUGUCACUACUGCUCACCCUCGACACACAGCUCACACGCAAGAGGAGACUAUGUCCUCUUCUCUGACAGUCCUUCUUUCAUCCCUCUCUCCUCCCAUCCCUCGCUCGUCUCACCUCAUAUCUAUCUAUCCAUCUCACACACAAUCCUUUAUACUGGUUGAAAAUAUGUAGUUGUAGGACUUUUACAGUAGG